AUGUCUGCUUACGGGGUCAUCAACAGACCGCAAAGGACAUCGUAUUUGCCCACUACGUUAUGGAAUAGUCUUCGGGUAGAGUCAGAUCUCGGGACCCCAUCUUUCGUGACCAUACAUCACAUCGAUCGAGCCGCAGUGGAGCGCAUCCAAACCGGUCUAUUCAACUACCUCCACUGCAUUUUUGCGAAUGAAGUGGACAAAGGCUUAACUUAUCCGCAAGAAGACAUUAGUGAUUCCGCAGCCUUCGGAGCAUACUUCUUCGGCGGAGACGUACUCGUCGCAAUCGCUGGCAAAGGAGAUCCGCCCGCGAUUAAGAGCGAGGAGCGCGGGGUACGGGAGAUCGAGCAAAGUCUAGACGCUGCGAGAAACGGGCGGACAUGGGAGGAGUGCGUCGCAGGGUUUUACUACGUAAAACCCAACUACCCUGGGCGAUCUUCCCAUAUCUGUAAUGCAGGAUUUAUGGUACCCCCUUCCCAACGUGGCAGUGGUUAUGGGCAUAUUCUUGCUAAAUCGUAUCUGUACUAUGCACCAGCGUUGGGAUACAAAGCCAGCGUGUUUAACCUAGUGUAUGAUAAUAACACUGCCAGUGUUAAGUUGUGGGAGGCACUAAACUUUACGAAAGCUGGACUUAUACCCAAGGCUGGUCGUCUGAGGCGGAAGGACGGAGAGGGCGAGGAAUAUGUCGAUGCAAUCAUCUUCUAUAAGAGUUUCGAAGAAACAGGACCGGACGCAGACGAUCAGUGA